AUGAUCGUAGUGUUCGACCAGAAAUGCUGUGCCCGUGUACUGUACGGUUACUUUGAUGAAUUUAUCCAAGUUCGGUUGUCAACCUUGAACGGUUAUAUGGACCCGAUUGACGAGGAGAAAUACUACGACGUGAUGCACUCGCUGCUUCGUUGGGCGUGGCCUUUUGACCAUCAUUUCACCACUCAGGUUUAA